UCAAAAGAAAUAGAGGGUUGUUCUGGUGGGGUGUCCAUCUAUAUCUCCCUGCCAGGCCUCGUGGCUCCCUGGACAUUACUUUUGUUUUUGUACAUACGGUUGGUGAUCUCGGCUGAUUGAUCACAAGAGGAGGAGGAGAAGAAGAAGAGAGAUCGAGCUGACAAGACUAUCGGAAAACUAAGGAGAGGGAGAUCAAAGUAGCAGACAAAGGAGAGGAGAGAUGGGCUACUGGAAGUCCAAACUUCUUCCAAAGAUUAAGAAGGUGUUCGAUAAGAACGGCAAGAAGGCGGCUGCUGCCGAGGCGUGCAAGUCCUUUGAUGACUCCAAGGGGGAGAUCGACAAGGAGUUUGAAGAGAAAAAGACCGAGCUCCAGCCCAAAGUGGUAGAGAUCUAUGAAGCUUCUUCAGCUGAGAUCAAGUCUGUGGUGAAGGAACGCACAGAAGGAGGAGUGAAGAAGAACUCGACGGCUGUCACUAAAUUCCUCGAGGAAUUAGUGAAGAUCGAGUUCCCUGGCUCAAAGGCAGCCAGCGAGGCCGCCACCAAGUGCGGACCUACCUACGUCACAGGCCCGAUCUUCUUCAUCUUCGAGAAGGUCUCCACCUUCGUCGUGACCGAAGAGGCCCCUGCCCCGGCCGCCGAGCCAGCCGCCCCUGCCGAGGAGAGCAGCUCCAAAGAGGAGGCACCGGCGGCCAGUGAAGAGAAGAAAGAAGAGAUCAACAAGGCGGAGGAGACCACCACCCCUCCCCCUCCUCCCACCGAGGAGGCGACCCCCGCCGCGCCGGCCGAGGAGCCACCAAAGCCUUGAGUAUUGGUUCGGUCGUCACAACUUCAACCCCAACCCCCAUGGACUUGUACAACUACCACCACCCCACGUUUACAUGAUUUGUUAAAUUCUUUCUUUCCUCUAUUUACGUUCUCUACUCUCUUUCUUCCUUUAUUUCUUCUCUGUAUUUAUGUUGGGUUUUUAUUUCUGCUGCUGUGGAAAAGGGCAAGCUGUAUGGUAUUAUGAACUGCCGCUUGGUAUAUGUUUGGGCUUUCUCACUUUUUAAAGGUGAUUGGUUUUUUUUUUUUUAAUCAUAUUGUUACUAUUAUCAUCAUUGUAGUGUUAUGUCUCAUAAAGAAUAAUAAGUGAACAAAGGAAAGAAAGACUUCCGAGGAGAA